CCCUCCCUCCUUCCUCCCAUUGGGAAAGGUCUGGUCUGAACACACACACACGCACGCACACACACACAGAAAAGAAAAAGGAGACGGACGCUGGAACUUAGUAACUGAAACAAACCGACAGAAAACACGCUUUUGACUGAAUUAUUCGGCAGGACGCGCGACGCCACUCUCCCGUUUCUGGGGCAUGUUCCCGCGGGGGACGGACGGUUAGCCCGCGGGACUGACGCUGCUUGUAAUGCAGGAGCGAACUGGAACCAGCGAAAAGGGCUCAUUUUAAACGACUAGCUAGGGGGUUCGGGGGUGGGGAUUUUUCUAUUAGCUGGCUCGAAUAGUGGCGAGCUUAAAAGUUAAAAGCAGCUAAACUAUACCUGGGGUUGUUUACAUCUCCCGGCUCUUUUCGUGGCUAUACACAGAUGGGACCGUCCUGUUUGCGGGGGACGUCGGAGCAGAGGGGUUAACUCUGGGUACGAAUUUAAAAAAGAAAGAAAGAAAAGAAGUAGGGAUCGGCGUGUUGAUUUUGUAGCAGGACAGUUACGGAGAGGACAGCUAGCCGGGCAGCUAGCGAGCGAGUGGCUUUGAACGCAGGCCAUGGACUAGGGCAAGGGCUGCGAUUAGCUUGUUCUCCAUAACCGGCCAGUACAAGAGAGGAAACUGCGGGGAGAUACUGCCAGGAGAUAGGAGACGCUGAAGACUGGGUGUUUUACCUGCAUAAAUAGUCAAAAGAUGUUGUUUGGAUCAUGCACUGGAUGUCCUAAGUGACCUCGGUCGGAUCGGAAGAGGGAAAAUGUCUACGGCGAAGGAGAAUCCCUGUAGGAAGUUUCAGGCGAACAUUUUCAAUAAGAGCAAAUGCCAGAACUGCUUCAAGCCCCGGGAGCUGCACCUCCUGACCGACCAAGACCUCAACCAGGCCAAACCGAUUUAUGGAGGCUGGCUCUGUUUGGCCCCAGAGGGGACAGACUUUGAUAACCCGAUGCAGAGAUCCAGGAAAUGGCAGCGGAGGUUCUUCGUCCUCUACGAGCACGGCUGUUUGCGGUUCGCUUUGGACGAAUCGCCAAGCACCUUGCCCCAAGGAACUGUGAAUAUGAACCAGUGCAUAGACGUGAUUGACGCCGAGGCCAAGACAGGCCAGAAGAACGCCUUGUGUAUCAUCACACCAGAGCAGGAGUACUUCAUCCGGGGGGAGAACAAGGAGAUCAUCAACGGGUGGAGUGAGCAGCUGGCGGUCUACCCAAGGACAAACAAGCAGAACCAGAAGAAGAAACGCAAAGUGGAGCCCACAACUUCCCAGGAGCCCGGCCCUGCAAAGGUGCCCGUUACGGGUAUGGGGAUCCCAGAGGCCGAGAAGGUUCCGGAUUCCAGGUCCAUCAUAUGGCAGGAAGAGCUCCACAGCAGGGAGGCGGAAGCGGGUCCGGUCUGGGCCCCGGCGGAGGUCGCUCCCCUCGGCUCUCCGUCGGCCCACGCAGGCGCUGAGGUGACGCCUUUGGACCUGAUCUCGGACCAAGGCUCUGUCAAUGGCGACGAAGUGGACCGAGCGGGACUCGUAUUCCACGCGUCCCCUCCACAACCCCCCUUGGACGUCCUGUCCCCGACAGGAAGCUCGUCCAGCCGGAACAGCGGCGAGCUGGGGGGUGUGCCGCGGUGUCUGUCUCCAGCCCCGAGCGACCCCUUCCCCUCAGGCCCCGGCCUGCUCUCCAACGGCUCCCACAUGAGCGGCUCCAUGAGCUCGCUGGACUCGGACACCAGUGGCAGCACCGUGGCCAGUGCCGACAGCCACCCGGCCGAAUCGCCAGGCCGUGGGCUGCGCGCGCCAGGCCCCUAUGAUGCGCCGCGCUCUCGCCGGCAAGAGGCAGAAGCCCGCAAGGCAGAGAAACGUGGUCGGGAACGCAGCCCUGACAGGAAGGCCGUACCGCGGCUCCGCAGCCCCGAGAGGAGUCGCUCAAAUGUGAUAGAGAAGCUGGAGGCCCUGGAGCUGGAGAAUGCAGAGAAGAUGGAGGUGGAGGAGGGUGUCCGCGGUUCCUCGAGGCAGGGCCGCAGCCAGACCCGCCGCUUUCAGAGGGAGGAGGACAGACCUGACUUGCCGCAAGGCCUAGAUUUUACCCGCUCGACCAUCCCACCUCUAAGGAGAGCCAAGUCCCUUGACCGACGGACUACAGAAUCUGUCAUGACUCCAGACUUACUGAAUUUCAAAAAAGGUUGGAUGGUGAAACUUGAUGAGCAGGGACAGUGGAAGAAGUAUUGGUUCGUCCUCACUGAUCACAGCCUUCGAUAUUACAAGGAUUCCAUUGCAGAGGAGGCCUCUGAUCUGGAUGGGGAAAUAGACUUGACUACUUGUUUUAAUGUUACUGAAUACCAGGUUCAGAGGAAUUAUGGCUUCCAGAUACACACGGAAGAAGCAGUGUACACGCUGUCCGCCAUGACAGCAGGCAUACGGCGUAACUGGAUACAGGCUGUGAUGAAGAACGUCCGGCCCUCCACUGCUCCGGAUGUGGCCAGCCUGACGGACGAUCACGGGCCUUGCGGUCCCCUGGAAUCCCUGCCAAAGCCCGAUGUGACGCAGGAUUCCCCCUCGUCCGAGGCCGCCUCCGUUGACCGGGAGCCGGGCAAGAAACGGAGCCGCGUGCGGGAGCGUCGGCGGGAAGGCCGCUCCAAGACGUUCGACUGGGCCGAGUUCCGCCCCAUCGCCCAGGUGCUGGCCCAGGAGAGAGUGUGGCAGGCGGACGCCGCGCAGGCCGAGCUCGGAGACCUGGAGCGCAGCCGGAGGCGCGAGGAGCGCAGGAAGAGGUACGAGUCGGUGACGAGCGCCCCGCCGGAACCUGGCCCUGCUGACACCACCAGGAUGGACUUCGAGAGCACCGGCAGCACCGGGGACUUGGUCACGCCCUUGUUGGAGCGACAACAGAAGAUGCAGGACGAGAUUGAACAGAGGUGGCAGCAGGUGGAGCAGACGCCCAUUCGGGAAGAGCGUAGGGUACCCCUGUCUAUGUCCACGUCGCCUCGAGAUAACGGCGAGCUGGAGAAGCUUCUGGAAAGCUACAAGAAAGGGGUAGAAGAUCUGAAACGGCAGUUGGACAACUGUCAACAGCAGCUGCUCGAAUCUAACCACCAGAAGCUGGAGCUGGAGGUGCAGCUGAAGACCGCCCUGGAGCGUGAGAAUCAGAUUCGUGCUGGCUAUAUCUCGCCUCUGGAGCCUCCUUUGGGUCUGGAGGCUGAACUUGAGUCCCAGAUGAAGAGACAAGAACUGGUUAGUUCUCAAGCUCAGUCCUUAAAAAAGAAGUACCAAGAAACUAAAGAGCUCCUACAUCAGCAAGAACUGAAAAAACGCAACAUGCAGGCUCAGCUUGGCCUUUCUAUUUCACCCCUUUCCAUGACGGAACCUCAAAGCUCAGCCAUCUCGCAGGCUCCUUCUGAAUCCAUCCAUGUCAAGACAAUCAGCAUUUCGCUGCAAGAUAAUGUGGGAACACUUCAAGAGCUAGAGGACCUGAUCUCUGGCAACCCUUUGACUUUGAAGGGCUUGGUGCAGUUGCUGGUCUCCCAUAGUAAGGUCUGUCAUGAAGAUUUCCUACAAAACAUUGCGAGCAAAGAACAGAACAAUUCAGGGGAAAAGAUCAGUUGUCAAAAAGUGUCAGAAAACCUGAAAUAUCAACAAGAGUUAGAGAAUGAGUCAUUGAGGAGGAACCUUUCAAGGACAUGUGAUACUGUGUGUGAUUAUGAUAUACGCCUUAUGGAAGGCAUGCUUGAAAGGGCACAGCGGCAAAAUAUUGAGAACCUGAAGGGUCCUUAUGGACCAUUAUGCAAGAUCGAAGAACACUCUGAAACAGAGAUGACUGUGAGAAAGCUAUCCCAGAAGGUAGAGUUGCUCACUAGUGAGAACGAAGGGCUGAAUCAGCGCUAUCAGGAGAUAAUGAACCAGCUCACUGAAGCUGACAGGGAAAUAGAAAGGCUGAAGGAAAAACUCUUAAACCAGCAAGGUGGACAGGAACAUCUGCUCGUAGUGGAGAAACUAAACCAAGUCAAAGCCCAGCUUGCGGAGAAGGAGGCCAACUCUGUUGAUCAUGAGAUUUUUGAGAGAGAGCUAAGCAAAAAGUCUCAAAAGCUUCAGGAGACUCUAGUAAAAUUAGAAGUCCUAGGAAACAAUUUGAAAGAGACAGAACGGAAGCUGCACCUCAAGGAAGCCACGUUGAGUGGUCUGGGCUUCCAGAUGGGGAAAGAAAAUGACCGUGAGUUGCUCCUUGAAGAGAAGGCUCAGCUCCUUCAUCGGCUGGAGACAACAGAGGCACAGCUUUCAGAGUUAGAGAAGAAGCUUCACACUACUGAGCAGUCAUGUCAAGAUCUUCUGGCCCAGAAUGCUGAUCUGAGAGGAAAAGUGCAUCACCAGGGUUUUUUCGGUGUCCAGGGUGAUAUUAGUGUGCUGAAAGAUAAGGGGAAGGUAGUGAGGAAGUCCGAUGGGGGCGGGGAGAGUGUAGUGCAUGGGUGUGAAGACACAGGUUUUGAAAGACUUGUUUCUCAUGAAAAAAAUGUGCAGCAAGUUAUAGAGGAGAUGAAGAUGAAGUCAGAAGUCCUCAGUAAAGUAUCAGAAGUACUAGGAAAGAUAGAUGUGAAUGUUGGGGCAGUUCUGAAUGAGUUGAUGAGUAGUGUGUCUCUUCAUACGCCUUCUGAUGAGCAGCUUGCAGAAACGAAAGAUACCAUGACAAGAAAGAUCCUGCUAGAAGCAGAGUUCUGGGGAAGGCUGUUGAAUAUGUUGCUUAUCACAGCUCAGUCCAGUGAAUCUGAGUUUGCAGAUAGUUUUUUACAUGAUGUGGCAGAGCGCAUUUUAGUGGAAAAGAGAAUGUUGCUUUUAGCUAAUAGACUUUUCACUCAGCCUAAGAUUGAACUGCAUGCGGUUAACAAAGACUUUGCAAAUAUCGAAAAGAAGACUGAAGGUAGCAAAUAUGGAAAGUUUGAUAUUGAAAAUAAAUGCAUUCUGAAUUUGUGCAACUUGCUUGAUAACGACACUAAUACUCUUGUAAAGAAAGACUUAAUGGAGAUGCUACAGGGGAAAGUUUUCUUGCUAAACCAAAUUAUCACGACCCUUCAAGCUUCUGCAAAUGAAGAGCUUCAAUCAUUGGUACUAAGGCUCUGUGACUUAGAGAAUCAAGAGAAAGGGUGGUUUGGUUAUGUUCAGGAUGCUGCGAUGGAGGCCCACACGUGCUACUUGUUAAGUAGACUGGAUGUUCAACAGCAAAAUCGACUGAAAGAAAUGCAGCUUCAGGGACCAUAUGCUGAGCUGGGUUGUCAGCUCUGUGCAGAACUAAUGAGGGAGAAAGAAGAGCUCACAGCCAGACUGGAAACCAUGCAGAAAGAGAUGGCAGAUCUCAAAAGCCCCAGGAGCGAAGCAGACAAACCAGUUACACACAUCCAGAUUGAAGGAGAACCCAUAGACUCCUUGGAUAAGGCCAUUCAGUUGCAGGACAUGGUGGCCAAGCAUAAGAGAGAGCUUCGGGAGGUGAAGGAAGCCUAUGAGCUUGAGGUGGAAAAGCUGAGGCAGGAAGUGGCUAGAGCAGGAGAGACUCUCAGGCUCAGAUCGGAGGAGAAUGUGAAGGAGAUUGACUCGUUGACUGUUUGUAUGGAGAACUUGAAGAAAAAGCACGAGACGGAGAGGAAAAGCAUGGAAGAGCACUUCAGUAGGGAGAUUGACAAGUUAAGGAGCACAAUCCCUUCUCAAAGUACUGAUGUUGCUGAUGGAGACAAGCCUCAUAUGAUGUCAUCUCUGAAAGAGCGGAUACAGGAGCUGGAGUCCCAGGUCUCCGUCAUGACAGAAGAAAUGAAGCAGCGUGAAAGCGAAGGUCAUGCAACGUCUCUCCGAUUGAAAUACGAGAAAGACCUGGAAAACCUGAAGGACACCUGUGAGAGAGGCUUUGCCGCUAUGGAGGACUCACAUCAGAAGGUGAUUGAUGAGCUUCAGCGCAAGCACCAGCGCGAGCUGGAGAACCUGCAGGAGGAGAAGGAGCGGCUUUUGGCAGAGGAGACAGCCGCCACCAUCGCUGCGAUCGAAGCCAUGAAAAACGCACACCGAGUGGAGCUGGAGAGAGAGUUGGAAAAGGCGCGGAAAGCCAACAGCGGCACGGAAAACGCAGACAUCGAGGAAAUCCGCAGACAGCACGACGAGGAGCUGAUGUCCUUCCAGCGGGAGAUCGAGGUGCUGUCGGAGCAGUACUCGCAGAAGUGCUUGGAGAACGCUCACCUGGCCCAGGCCCUGGAGGCCGAGAGGCAGGCCCUGCGACAGUGUCAGCGGGAGAACCAGGAGCUCAACGCGCACAACCAGGAGCUGAACAAUCGUCUGGCAGCAGAAAUAACGAAGUUACGCUCUAUGACGACUUACGACAGAGGCGACUCUUGCACAAUGAUUCAUGGGAAAGAAAUGUAUGAACUUGAGGUCCUGCUGCGGGUCAAGGAGUCGGAAGUACAGUACUUGAAGCAGGAGAUCAACUCUCUGAAAGACGAACUGCAGGCGGCUCAGAGAGACAAGAAGUAUGCCACAGACAAGUACAAAGAUAUUUAUACGGAGCUGAGCAUCGUGAGGGCCAAGGCGGAGCGGGACCAGAGCCGGCUGAGGGAGCAGCUCCAGCUGGCCCACGAGGCACUGGGCGAGUCCUCCAUGGAGGACAUGGAGCGCGGAGGCUAUGAUAUUAUGAAGUCCAAAAGCAACCCAGACAUCCUCAAGAUGGCCGCCGCAGCUGCCAAACGCUCAGAGCGCACAAUGAGGUCAAAGAGUCUCAAGGAGGGCUUGACUGCUGAGCAAAGACUCCACUUGUUUGACAACAAGGAAGCUAAGGAGUUUUAACGACGAAACAUCAACCAGCGUCACUGCAUGUUUAUUUUAGUCCUGUAAUUCAUAAUUUAGAAACAUCACAAGUCUUAUGUUAAAUUUGUUAUGGAGUUUUUUUUGUCUAGAAUCUGCAGUCCAUGCACUACAGUUACUGUGACUUUUUCCCCCAUUGGCACGUCUUACUGUAAAUAUUUUGUGUUGGUUUUAAAGGAGUAUCUAUCCUAUAUAAUCUAAACACUACUGUGUAAGCUACUGUUUUAAACAUGCUCUUAGUAUGUGUGAAUAGCCAAAGGAAGUCAGUUUGUAUUGCCUGAUUAUCACAGCGUGUUAAUGGUUGAAUAUUGCUUCAUAGCCAGCAAUAUCAAAAGUUUGCCCUAAGUAAGUAAAGUUAGAUUUGGUCAGUAUGCCCAAUUUUACAGUCCCUCUCUGCCCUCUUUUCAUUUUAAUGCUGGCAUAAAAAAGCUUUCAAAGGAAUGGUUGCCUGCAUAAUUUUACAGGUUUAACUUGGCUAAAUUGAGCUUUGCUUGUUAGCCUAAAUAGUGAUAGCUUGUACAUGGUUCUUAAUAUCCUAGUGUUACUUAAAAAAUUAUAAAUAAAAGUGCAAGGACCCAAGAAAACAGUGUCUAAAUUUUACAUGGAUCGGUUCAGCAGUUAUAGUAAUAUAAAUUUAUAUAUUUCUUUCUGUAAUCAUUGAUUCACUCAGCUGUAAGUUGGUUAUGUUUGUAGUGCUGUUCAGUGGCAGUCCCAUUGUAUUUAUUUAAUAUUUUGGAAUUUUGUUUCACGUUCUCAUUUCUGUUUUCUGUUGUAAAUAUACAGCAAAUGUAUACCAACUGACUACAAGUUUAUUAGCAAUAAAUAUUUUUGCACCCUG